AUGCGACCCAUUUUACUCCAAGGACAUACACGUUCGCUCACCCAGAUCAAAUACAAUCGUGAGGGCGAUUUGCUCUUUUCUGUUUCCAAAGACAAGAUUGUCAAUGUUUGGUACUCGCACAAUGGUGAACGUCUCGGCACCUACAAUGGCCAUGUCGGUAGUGUUUGGACCGUCGAUGUCAACUCAACGACAACCAUGUUGGUCACGGGAUCAGCCGAUAACACAGCUAGACUUUGGGAUGUGCAAACAGGCCGUUGCCUGAAGACCUGGGAGUUCAAGACAGCCGUCAAGCGAGUCGAGUUCAGCGAAGAUGAUACCAUGAUCUUGUGCGUUACUGAAGAACGAAUGGGUUAUUCCGGCACUAUUACAGUCUUGCCAAUCAACACCAACAUUAAUGGCGAACAAUCCAAUGAACCUUUAGCUCAAAUUGUCAAUGAUGGAGCCAAGGCUGUCGUUGCAUCAUGGGGUUACUUGAACAAAUAUAUUGUGAGUGGCCAUGUGGAUGGCUCUAUCUGUCAAUGGAACUGGAAGUCCAAUGAAAAGCUCAACUCGAUCCAACCACACGAAGAUGUUAUUGCCGAUAUGCAAAUGAGCAGCGAUCGCACCUAUUUCAUCACCUCUUCCAAGGAUAAGACCGCAAAGAUUUUCGAUUCCAACACCUUGCAACAUCUCAAGUCUUUCACCACGGAUGCACCUCUCAACUCUGCUUCGAUCACACCCAAAUAUCAAGAAUUCGUCAUUGUCGGUGGUGGUCAAGAUGCCAUGAACGUCACUACGACAUCUGCUAGAGCUGGUAAAUUCGAAUGCCGGUUCUUCCACAAGAUCCUUGAAGAAGAAGUGGGUCGAGUGCGUGGUCAUUUCGGUCCUAUCAACACAAUCGCUGUUCACCCCGAUGGCAAGAGCUAUUCAAGUGGUGGUGAAGAUGGUUACGUUCGUGUACAUCAUUUUGAUCCCGAUUAUUUCAAGUUCAAGCUCGAAGCACAGGCAUAA